AUGGACGGCGCCGCCGAGACCGUCGAGCAGAUGCAGGCCCGGCACCGUAAGGAGGCCAAGGACCUGCAGGGCCGCGUGACGAGCAAGAAGAAGAACGCGACCAAGAAGACGCGCAAGGGCGUCAACGACGAGUGCGCUGAGAUGGAGAGGCAGAUGAAGGAGAGGCAGGCCAAAGAGCUGGAGGCGCUGACGGGCGGGAACAAUGCACAACAACAAGAAGACGACGAAGAGGAGGAAGACGAGGCGCCGCAAAUACCGGACGAUGAGGCGCGGGAUGGCGGUGACCUGGCCGCGAAGAUGCGGGCAAUGGGCGUCAACGACCUUGCUGCGAAACCACCACAACAGCCAUCACAGCCGGCAGAAAGCAACGGGCCGGGGCCAGGCAAGAAGCGCAACCGCCAGAAGGAGCGGCUCGCGCGCCGCGCCGCGGAGCAGGAAGCCGCCGCCGAGGCGGCCGAGCAGGAGGCGGCGGGCAUGACGGACCACCGGGGCCGCGAGCGCGGGCGCAUGCAGGCCGAGUACGCGCGCCACGGGCUGGAGGAGCACGAGAUCCGGCCCGACGGGCACUGCCUCUUCUCCGCGGUGGCGGACCAGCUUGCCCAGGCCGGGGUGCCGCUCGCGGCGGCAGGGGAGAAAGGUGCGGUCGGCACAGGGGGAGGGGGAGGUGAGCCUGGGUACAAGGUCGUGCGGCGGGCGGCGGCGGGGUACAUCGAGGCGCACGGGGACGACUUCGCGGGGUUCCUUGAUGAGGACCUGGGCGGGUAUGUGCGCAAGAUCCGCGACACGGCCGAGUGGGGCGGUCAGCUUGAGUUGCUUGCGCUGGCGAGUGUAUACGGGGUUGAGGUGUGUGUUGUGCAGGAUGGGCGGACAGAGGUCAUCCGCCCGAGUGGUGACGGCGGGACGGGGGAGGGUGAGGAGAGGAAGAAGGUCUGGCUUGCGUACUACCGGCAUGGGUAUGGGCUGGGAGAACACUACAACUCGUUGAGGAGGAAGGCAUAG